CGCUGGUUCCACACCCUCCGUCUGGAAAUGGAGCGUGGAUGGAGCUGGAAGGCGUGGAAAAGAAUACAUGAUCUUCAGCGCAGGGAGCGGACUCUCACACACAUGGAGUCCGGUGUGGUUUGUAAUCCUGGGAGAGUCUACCAUGGAGGAUUCCAUCGAGACCAUGCUGCAGGAUCGGGACCUUAACCUCUUGCCUCCUUACAAGGACAAUGGUGCCCUCGCAGCUGGGAUCGGGGCCUUGCUUAUGACUUCUUAUGGACUAUGGACAAUGUUUACACUGCCUGGCUUUGGAAAAGUGCCCAUACGGUUGAAGGUUCCUUACUUGCCUUCCAAUGUGAUACAGACAGCAAAUGUGAUGAAACUGUUGGAGGGUCGGCAAGGUAUGCUGGCAGAUCUUGGAUCUGGCGAUGGAAGGCUGGUAUUUGCUGCCUCUUCCAUGGGUUUUCAGUGUACGGGCUUUGAAAUAAACUCUGUGUUGCUUGCCUACUCAAGAAGCAAGGCCCGAUGGAAAGGAAUCUCGCCCUCUCAGGCUCACUUCAUCAACAAAGAUUUCUGGAAGACUGAUCUGUCAAAGUUCAACAAUGUAACAGCAUUUUUAGCACCAGGCGUGAUGGAAGAGCUAGAGAAGAAAUUGAUGGAAGAGCUGCCGGAUAACUGUCGAGUCAUCGCCUGCCGCUUUCCAUUUCCAAACUGGCCCUCAACCUCCUCUGAGGGAUCUGGGCUGGACAGAGUUUGGGCUUAUGAUAUGAACAAUAUCCAGAAAUCGACCCGUGUGAUUUCUUCAGCAGCUACAGUGUCUGCUAGCCUGCCCCAGUGAACAACAUCUUCACUGACCAUAAACUUUCCCCUGUGAUUUCCUUGUUAACAGCUGUGGUUGCUUUGUUAACCAAAAUAUAAAAUAUUUGUUCAUAAAAUAACGAGCAACAAACUGAGUUGUUAAUGACCCUCAUUUUCGUGUUUGGGUUUUUUGCUUUAAAACACAAAAAUAAUAUUUUCUCAAUUCCAUAUUCACCUACUGCACCCAGUCAUUAGAUCAAAAUUUUUGUAUCGUUCAAGGGUUAAGUGUAAGAUGUUCUUGCAUGCAGUUUUCCUGGUCAUAUUUAAAGUGUGUCUAAUAAAACUGCCA